AGUCAAAUAACGGACAUGUAUCACAAUAGUGGAUGAAAGACGUGUUGUUUUUAUAUCCAAACGCGAGAAAAAUUUUUAUUUUCUUCCCCCAUUUAAUAUUUAGCAUACAGAACGACUACGCCCUUUCAGGCAUGGUGGCAUCAUUACACGCCGGGACAGAGGAUUUAAAGGCGCACAUGCAUACGAUAAUAAGCCGCGUUGGAUCAAUUCAUUCAUUCAUUUAGAAUCUUCUUUCAUCAACAAGAGGAUCCAUUAGGAAGAAGCUGCUGCAAUGCGCCUUUGAUUUAAGAUGAAACAAAAAUGGAGCUGUUUGGCCAAAAUACCCAGAAAUAUGUUUGGAGGAGAAAAGCUUUUAAAGAUGCGCUACCGGAAGACUGUCUUCCUCGCCGUCCUGGUGUCGGUGCUUCUGGUGCUGACUCUCAUCCACACGUGGACCAGCAGCCGCGCGUACACCUUCGUCGAGGUUUGGCAGCGACCGGAACUUCUAGAGAGACACGACGACCGUGUCCCCGACCCGGACCCCAUUUUGAGGACCAUCCCCUUUCAUGUGCGCGACAGCGUGGCGAGCUUGUUGGCGCGUAACGGCUGCGUGUGCGAGAGUGAAGGCAUCAACCUACCCUUCCUCCAAAUGCUCACCACGCGGGUGGCAGCCAGGCCGCUGCAAACCGCCUUCCAGCCCUCGGAGCUGGAGGAGGUGAAGAGGAGACGGGAGAAGGAGUUCAGGAGUCUCCAGAACAGGUUACACACACCUACAGACUCGCUCAUUAUAGCCCAGGCCAACAAUCCUUGGCAGUAUCCCACUCAGGGAGUGGAGGUUCGGCCUUUGAAGACAAUCAUCAUCCCAGCUUUGGCCUUACACCAUCUUCCCACUCAACACUACUCUGUGAACCUCAGCGCCUCGCUGGGCACCCUGAACGUCGCCGCAGAAGUGGACGGCGUUGAAAUCCGAGGCGACGGCGAGACGCGCAUGUCGCUGUCCAGCGGCCUGCUGAGCAAACUCAACCGCCAGCUGCAGUUUGUCACCUACACCAACACGCUGUUCCACCCCGACACUGCAGACACAGUGCACUUGGAGACGGCGCACCAUGGAGCCAAGUUCACCAUCAAGGUGCGUCACGGUGCGACAUCCAAACUGUACAACACAGGACCUGAUGAAGGAUCACAAGGAGAGUACAACAUCAGCACCUUGGUUACCAUAGCGACAAAAACUCUGCUGCGUUACGACAAGCUCCAGAAGUUAAUCGACAGCGUGAGGGAAUAUUAUCCCAGCGUCACCAUCGUCAUCGCUGAUGACAGUGAAGACCCCCAACCUGUCCGGGGGCCCAACAUCGAGCAUUACAUCAUGCCCUCUGGAAAGGGAUGGUUUGCUGGACGAAACCUGGCCGUUUCCCAGGUGACCACCAAGUAUGUGCUGUGGGUGGACGAUGACUUCAUCUUCACCAGCAAGACCAAGGUGGAGAAACUUGUGGACGUUUUAGAGAAGACCACGUUGGACCUGGUGGGCGGGGCGGUGCGUGAGGUGACGGGCUACACCAGCACUUACAGACACACCAUAUCCGUGGAAGCCGGGAAGGAAGACGGCGACUGUUUGCACCUGAGGAGAGGCUUUCAUCACAUCAUCCAAGGCUUCCCCAACUGCGUGGUGACAGACGGCGUGAUUAAUUUCUUCCUGGCUCGCACUGACAAGGUGCGGCAGGUGGGCUUCGACCCGCGCCUCAACAGGGUCGCUCACCUGGAGUUCUUCAUCGACGGCCUGGGCUCGCUCCACGUGGGCUCCUGUGACGACGUGGUGGUCGACCACGCCAGCAAGAUCAAGUUGCCCUGGGUGAGCCAAUCGCAGAGUGACAAGGCCUACGCCAAGUUCCGUUACGCUUCCGCCUCGCCAAACAAAUUUGGCACGUCGUACUUCAGGAACAGAUUCCAGUGCUUGACCAGAAGCUGAUUGGUUUGCUUCGGGCUCAGACUUGCCAAAGACGGAGAAGAUUUUCCUUUUCGUGCCACAACCAAGUGGUAUCUUGCUCCUUUGAAACUCCACAAACACUACGCCGAAGUCAACGCAUAGGGAGGACGAUCAUGUAAAAGUCAUGGGAAUCUUGGGGUCCCUAAUAUUGUGACCACUGUGAUAACCAUCGAGGUCUGCAAGUCAAGUCUCUCCAGGAGCCUACUGGGCGCAGCCGUGCGUGCGUUAGUGCGUGUGCGUUUGUGUGAAAGCUGUCUUUAAAAUGGACAUUUUGGGACCAAAGACAUGAGUGAACUAAGGAGUUAAAUGAAAUGUCCCCGCAUGAGAUUUUGUCCGUGACCCCAUUUUAGUCUUAUAAUAAUAAUAAUAAUAAUAAUAAUACAAAUGGAUGGAUGGAUAAUAAUAGCCCAGUGAGAAUUAAUAAUAAUUUUCAUUAACAUUAUUUUUAGCCCAGUGAUAAUUACUAUUGAUUAUAAAUAUUGUCGAUGAUAAUAAUAAUACAAAAUUAUUAUUAUUAUUAUUACCCUGUGAUCAUUAUUAUUAGUAGUAUCAGUAGUAGUAGUAGCAAUAAUGUAUUAAUAGCCCAGUGAGAAUUAUUGGUUAUAAUAAAAAUAAUUAUUAAUUAAUAUUAUUUUUAUUAUGAUUAUUAUUAAUAAUAAUAAUAAUUCUAAGUUAAUGAUUUGAAAAAAAAAAAUAGUUUCUCAGUUCGAACAUUUAAAUAUAAAUUGAAAAGGAUUUGCAAAUCAUUGUAUUUUGUUUUAAUUAAUAAUAACAAUAAUCAUAAUUAUUAUUAUUAUUAACCCAGUGAUAAUUAUUAUUAAGUAUUAUUGUACUAGCCAGUAUAUUAUCCAUCCAUUCUUUGUCUAUCGCUUGUCCCUAUUGGGGUCGCUGGGGGGUGCUGGAGCCUAUCUCAUAUUAUAUAAUAAUAAUAAUAAUAAUACAAAUGGAUGGAUGGAUAAUAAUAGCCCAGUGAGAAUAAUAAUAAUUUUCAUUAGUAUUAUUUUUAGCCCAGUGAUAAUUAUUAUUGAUUAUAAAUAUUAUCGAUAAUAAUAAUACAAAUGAUUAUUAUUAUUAUUAUUACCUGUGAUCAUUAUUAUUACUAGUAGUAGUAGCAAUAGUUUAUUAAUAGCACAGUGAGAAUUUUUGAUUAUAAUAAAAAUAAUUAUUAUAAUAUUAUUUUUAUUAUGAUUAUUAUUAAUAAUAAUAAUUCUAAGUUAAUGAUUUGCAAAAAAAAAUAGUUUCUCAGUUCAAACAUUUAAAUAUAAGUUAAAAAGGAUUUGCAAAUCAUUGUAUUCUGUUUUAAUUAUUAAUAAUUAAAAUUAUUAUUAUUAUUAACCUAGUGAUAAUUACUAUUGAUUAUAAAUAUUAUCGAUAAUAAUGAUACAAAUUAUUGUUAUUAUUAUUGCUCUGUGAUCAUUAUUAUUAGUAAUAUUAGUAGUAGUAGCAAUCAUUUAUUAAUAGCCCAGUGAGAAUUAUUGAUUAUAAUAAAAAUUAUUAUUAAUUAUACGAUUAUUUUUAUUAUGAUUAUUAUUAAUAAUAAUAAUAAUAAUUCUAAGUUAAUGAUUUGAAAAAAAAAAAGUUUCUCAGUUCGAACAUUUAAAUAUAAGUUGAAAAGGAUUUGCAAAUCAUUGUAUUCUGUUUUAAUUAAUAAUAAUAAUAAUAAUAAUUAUUAAGUAUUAUUGUACUAGCCAGUAUAUUAUCCAUCCAUCCAUUGUCCACCGCUUGUCCCUAUUGGGGUCGCGGGGGGUGCUGGAGAUCUCAUAUAUAUAAUUAUAAUAUUAUUUUGAUAAAAAUAAUUAUUAUUAUUAUUUUUAUUAAUAACCCAGUGAUAAUUAGAAAUAAUUAUUAACUAUUAUUGUACUAGCCAGUAUAUAAUAAUAUUUCUUAUUUUUAUUAGACUCCUGGAGGUCCCCCACUCUAAUGGUAACAUCACCGCCCCACGUCCACACUCAGCAUGUUUACAUGCACCAAAAAAUUAAGACUUUAUUUAGUUGAAACUACUUUUUAAAACACGUAAAUGUGCAUGCUUAUUAACUUCAUAGUGUUAGCUGAUUAAUGUAGGAUUAUUAUUACUGGAUAAUCAUGAUAAAACAUUAUUAUAAUUAUAUUAUCUAUCCCCCGUCUUUAAAAACUAGCGACGCCUCGGUUUCGAACUUUAAAAUCGCGGUUCCUUGAACGCACCACAGUUGCGUGCUACGACACGUAAAAGGCGUAACUUAAAACGUAACUUUAUUCGAUGACUUUUAUUAUAUUUCUUCCUUGUUCUUCCAUCUCCUCAUCCGGGUUCCCAAAUGUUGGCGUAUGUGUGUGCGUAGAUGACGUCAGAACCAACUUUGCGUCUCUCGCCAGUAAAUUGCUGAUUAAGGUGUUCUUUCAUACAAUGGCCUUUAGAGGGCGCACUUUUGUACAAUUCUAUUAAUAGAAAGUAGGCCAAUGUGUUGCAGCCAUCAACCCAGCAGAGGGCGCUGUCUCACACGCCUUUUCCAGCAGGAACAUUUAAAAUGGGUUUUAUAAAGGCUAAAAAAUGGGCAAUUUUAAGGGUUUCUCUGGACUGGUCCAUGAAGUUUGUUCGCCAUUGACUGGAGAUCUUGAAGUGUAACUGAAAAUAGCAAGAAUCUACUGUAUUGUUUGCUAAAUCUACUGUAUUGUUUGCUAAAAAAGUUGCAAGGGGCAGUAUUUUACUGCGAUGAUAGUGUUUGUUCAGGGUAAGAGACGAUAGUAUUGUGUUCAUGUCAGCAAAAAUGUGUUUUGAAUUUUUAACAGCUGAUUUCAAAGCUGCUUUUUCCGUUAUUUAUUUCCCAAUCCUACUCGACAGUGUUUGUUGUCCGAUAAAUGCAGAUUUGAUAUAACCGAGGAGUAUAAAAGUUACACUGAAAACUGUGAAAAAGAUUGUAUUGAAGUGAUUCAAGGUGUAUAACCACAGGAAUGACAUUGUAAUGAGAAAAUGUAAUGAAAAUUAUCAAUACAUCAAUCAAUGUUUACUUAUAUACACUGUAAAAAAAAAAAAAAAAUCAUAUUUUUAUGGUUAAUUUACUCUAAAUUUCUUCUGUAAUUUUUCUAUUUUUUUUUAAAUAGUUUAUAAAACUGUAGAAUUGAAGACAUUAUCUGUAAAUAAACAAUCCGCCUGUUAUUUUUAGUAAUAUGCCAGUAAUGACAAACUAUGUAUAUUUCUAUUUUUGUUUACAGAAAAAUACCAAAUUAAUUAUUCAUAGCAUUUUCUGUUUUCUUAAAUUACUUUCAAAUUCAUGUAAUAUUACGAUAUUUUUAAAACGUUUCAUGAAAAUUUCUGUAAUUAUAAUGUUUUGGUCAUUAUUUGGUUUACAAUGUUUUACUUUAAUUUUAUGGUUUUCGUUUGGCAGCCGUAGCUGCCAGUAGAUGACCGUUUUUUUACAGAAUUUUUUUUUACAGUGUAGCCCUAAAUCACCAGUGUCUCAAAGGGCUGCACAAGCCACAAAAUUAGCCUCUAAAAAAAACAAUACUAAUAUUUUGUGAAAAUAAUUGAAUCAUUACGAAGAUAAAGUAAAAAAAAAACUACAAAAAAAUAGCUUAUUAAUUUAUGAAAACAUGGAAAUAACGUAGUAGCAUUGUGAAUAGGUAUUUUUACGUAUGCAAAUUGUAAGGUUUGAAAAAACUGCAAUUUAUGAGAGUAAAGAAACAUCUCAAAGAGGGGAAAAAACGUGGUUUUGAAACAAAUUCCUGAAAAUGAAUCAAUAAAGUAGUAAAAUUAUGAGACAUAUUUUGUAAAACAUCACAAAAACUUUUAACUCGUUUAAUUUCAUGAAAGCAACAUUGUAUCCUGGGGGAAAAAAGCAGGAAUAUCGCGAGAAAAAAAAUACAAACUUUAAUGGGGAAAAUUCGGUAAGGUCGUGAAAAAGGGUGAAACUUUAGUCUCUUUUAGCAAUUUAAUCUUUUUGGUCUUUUCAGUGUGGCACCAAACCUGAUAGGAAACUGCUGGAGUAUUUUAGGGGGGUCUAUAAGUGCUGACUUAUUCAAAUGUAUGUCUUUUGAAAUUUCAGUAUUAAAACAAAGAAAACAUG